AGUCGGCCGAGAUGGUCAGGGAGCAGGCCAAGAGACGUGUGCGGGCAGCAGGUGGUGAUCCCGGGGACUCCAAGCUGGUGCGCAGCGCCAGUGAGCUCCAGUUUGGACAGUACCGGGGUCAAACUUUUAAAUGGUUGCUGACCCAUGAUCUCAGCUAUGCCGUCAUGGUGUUGGCAACCCACUUCAGGAAGUGCGAAGAUGGCCAGGUGUCGGAUAGCCCGCUCGUUGCAUUCCAGCUGGCGAGCAUUAAGAACACCCUGGACUCCUACGCCUGGCUCUUUCUCGGCAUGAAGACGGCCAUCUGUCAUCGACGGGAGAGAGACGGGUCGGACAGGACCCCGGAUAAGGGCAAGAGGCUCGUCAACUUCAGCCAACAUGGACACCUGACGUUUCAGGACCUUUACGAUACAGAAGCUCGGGAGGCCAAGAGGUGAGAGACUUUUGGGUAGGGUCUGAGGGGAAGAGCACAGCAAGGUAGUGGGACCCUGCUUCCAUUUGUUCACCUGUUACCGUUCCUGCUGUUGUACCCCAACGCAGUUAUAUCAAAUGGCUCCGGCGGCAGACCACCAAAGUCGGGACCAAGAUGCAUGCACUACAGCUGUAUGUGUGGUGGAGAGAUGAGGCAAAGGCAGUAGCAACCUCCUCCCUUCCCAAAACCACUGCCUCUCUCUCUGCAGCAGCCUCCGUCAUCGAGAUUCUUUUUCUGUUUAACCUGUUAUUUGUUUGAAUUUGUAAACAACCUUCCCCAGCAUCUACCUCCCAGUCUGCAACCAGUGGAGGGCCUUUGCCAUCCCAGCGCUCCCAACCGAUGGCUGAUCCUAUAAAGCAGCCUUCGAAAAAAACACUGUCUGUAGCCAUGAGAGAGCUACUUUUGCCCAAGGGCUCACUACCUAAAGAACAGCACAUGUGGGUAAGCUGGGUCCUUUUCACCAGGGUCAAGGACGAAAGCCUACGCUGACAUCCAACCUUCGCCUUUGGUGGUUUCCUCCCGGCCCACGCAAUGUGCACCUCCAGCCCCCGACAUCGCCCAACACCUUUUUUCAGUGUCCGUUCUUCCUGUGGAUGCCGUACCGCAUGUGGGGCUACAAGCUCUCCUGCACGGCGUGCAGCCACAGGUUGUCGGGAGCCAUACUCUGCAGGACUGUCCAGAGGGUCCUGGACACAGACGGAUGGUACUUUAUAGCCACGGAGUACCUGGAGUGCCGGUGCUGCAGAAAGAAGGUGGUGGGCUGGUCGCAGGAUGUCUUGGAUCAGCUGCACCACAUCCACCAGGAUGAGUUCCCAGCUAUCCUGACUUACAGGUUACCUUGUGACAAAAAGCUCAUCGGGCAGAUGCGUGAGCGCACGCUGGGCAACAGGGCCAACCGGCUGCGCAGAUAUCUGCUCGAGGAGCACACCAGGUCCUGGAUGUUGCGGUCCAAAAAGUUCCUGUUUGCAUUUGCCAAGUUUAUCAAAUCGGGUGCCGAGCCAUCUGCAACUCCGCCUCUACCACCACGGGUGACCCCGGUGCCCGGUGCAAAGUGGUUGCUCUCCGUCUAUGCCAGGGAGGUGGCUUCAAGGCUAGAAGAGACCAAGGCCCGGAUCACCUCCAUCUUUGGCUCAAUCUUAAAGAUGGACUCAACCAAGAAGUGGGACCUGGGAGACGUCGCCCGGCUGCAGCAAGCCAAGGCUGGUGAGGCGGGGAAGGGAACCCAAGGCUCCGGCUACAGAAGCAUCCCGUUGAAGGAGCUGGCCUGCCACUGCCGCCGGCGGAGGAGACCGGCUGGCUCAUUGACAAGAUGCUGGAGGCCUUCGGGGAUCCCACUAAAACCAUGGGUGUCCCGCUUUUGGACCGCGACAAGAUCUGGGAUAUUUGGAAGACUCAGAGGCGCCGCCUCCACUGCAUCUAGGACCCACCCAGCGUGCACCUGUAAAUGCAGACCGGGCGGCUGGUCAAAGGGGGGAUCACGCUGCCGGUGUUCAGGUGUGCGAGAGGUUCAACUUUGUUGGAGUCGUUCCAUCUGCAUCUGGACCGAUUCAUACCUGGCACUUCAGCCAGCGCAGCCCAUUUUCAGGCCUAUCUCCUGGAAGGCCUGGCGCGAUGGAACGAGGACCGUGCGGCAAAAUCAGUGGAGGCAGCAGACCAUGAUAUUGUCUGCUACAGUGGCCAACUCCAGCACUCCCUCAAUGAGCUGAGCGAACUUGUAUAUCACAAGAAGCUGGUUGAGGACUACACCCGGCCUGCGAAGUACACUGGUGAGCUCAUUGGCGUCCAGUACCUAUUUUCGCAGACCGGUCGAAGUCGACUGGAUGGGACUGAUCCAGAUAAUGACAGUGUCGACGAGGGUUUCCAAGAGGAUGAGGGGUCCAUAGAGGAACCUGUGGACCAGACCCUCUUCGGCCUUGAGGAGGACUUCGCCCGACAAGCAUCACAACCCUUGUCGUCUGAUAAGUCCCAGUAGCGCCCUGCCAUCACAGGCGCCUCACAGUCUAGGUCAGCCAACCAGGAGACCUCCCCUGGAGACGAAGCCAUUAAAAAGGUGUCCCAUGAGCCGAAUAGCCUUGGACCUGACACUGGCCCGGGUUACGAGCACGUGGUCAACCUGGCCUGCAGUCUCUUGAAGCUGCAUCAUCUGCCUACGUGACGCAGCAGCAAGUGGCGGAGAUCGUUGCCCAGAGGGCGGCAAGGCCCCAGUUCACUUCCCGCCACGCCACCAGGAAAGACUGGUGAAGGGGAGGUUUCCAAUGCAAGCACUUGCAGACCAGUGUCACACCGGGAGUGGAGAGCUUGCAACGGUGUAUGGUCAGCCAAGACGGCCAAGCCGCACAGAUGCCAAACAUAAGCCGCCUUGUGGAGACCGUUUGUGCAGAGCUGUCCAGGAUUCACCCCGAAGGAACCACCAUCUGCAGUGUGAGGGUGAACGGCUGGGCAGCUGUAAUGUGCGAUUACAUCUGCAUUCAGGAGAAUGUCCUUACAAACCCAGUACUCGUGGCCCAAACACGUAUCCAGUUAUUCCCCCUCAAUCAGCACACCCUGGCACAAUGACUUCUAUUAAUGCUUGCCCUAUGAUGGACUAGCAUCCCAUUGCUUACAGUGAUGAUUCCUAUCUUGUGCCCAGGAUUACCUGUAGCUCUCCAUGACUAUGCCACAGAAAAGGCAGAGAGAUGUACAGUGAGGACCAUUCAGGAGUUACAUGAGAUAUUCAGGAAAAAGAUAUAAAGAAAGGAAGGAUCAGAUGGUUUGGACACUUACUGUAGAAUGGAAUUGCGGAGGAAAAGAUGUAUUGGGAGACAACAAGGAAAAUAUGACUAGAUGAUGUGACGGAUGAUUCUCAAACGUUCGUAUUUCGUGUCCCCACCCUUUUCUACCUGGAAUAAUUAUGCGCCCCCUGCAUAAUAUAAGAUAGAU